UAUUCAUUCAUUCAGUCAUUUAUUCAUUUAUUUAAACGUAAGACUAAGUUUUUCCUGGAGUAGAUUUUCAUUUAUAACAGGAAUCUAAGAACAUACAGUAAUUACAAGGUAUAGGUCUAGUCUACUAUAAAUACUUGGUAUUGCACAAGGCCAAAUAGGACAGAGUUAAAAAUAAAUAACUUCAUGGCAGUGCUUGUUGUAGCAAUCUUCUCAUCAGUAAAUGAAAGUGUAUUUUCCAAGUUAAAAUCACUAAUUUAUACUUUAUACUAGUGCUAUUGUCAGUGAAUUCAAUUCAAUUCAACUCAAUAGAAAAAAAUAGAAGCAAGUCAAUAAUUGCACACAAGAGAGAGGAAGAGAGAAUUGCUUUUAUGAUUACACAACAUUCACUCAUAAAAGCCUUUUCCUUUGUAUCGUGUACUGUAUAAAUUAUUGUGACAACCAUCUGUGAACAACAAACUGGUUUUGCAGUAGCUGUGAAGAAAAAGGUGACAAUGUGGCUUUUUAUACUUUUUUAUUUAUCAUUUAUAUUACAAAAAUCCGAAACUGCAUCUGAAAAUGACAUAGUAACAGUGAAAGAAGUGACAGCUGGACACUUGGCUGAGCUUCCAUGCUUAAGUAUUGAUGAACAUCAUCGUUUCAUGUUCUGGCAAUUUGGAACUAACAAUGUUAUUGGUCCAGGGAAUCCUUUAAAUGAAAAGAAAUAUAAUUAUGAAGUAUUGAGUGGCACGCUUCAAAUCAGAGGUGUGUCAACAGCAGAAUCUGGAUUUUAUAAAUGUUUUUCGAAAGGCCUAUUUGACGAUUCUCAAUUGAAAGUUCAUUCUGUUGAAUUGAUAGUUUCAAAUGAGUGGGAGCAACUUUGGGAAAAUGAUUUUGAGACAAAUCUGUUACGGGGAAUGACUGCUGUUAUGGUACUGGUUGUCGCUGUAGCUGUUGUUCUUCUAAUUAUUACUGUUAAGAGAAAAAGGAGUCAAAGAUUCUUUGAUUUGGAGGAGUCGAGAGAAAAUACUCCAGAACGAUAUACGCCAGAUAAUAGACCUGGUGUUUCAUCAGGCAUCGAAAACGUUGGAAUGGAUAACGCUGUUCUUGACAUCGAUUUCCCUAAAGUAUUUAACCAAAUGCAGAAGGAACAAGCAAUGCCAUAAGUUGUAAUUGUAUAUAACAGGAAAUUACAUUAUUACAUUUUA